CGGGGAGGGGAGAUAUAUCCCGGGAACGACGCCGCCGUCAUCAAAAGUCGGGGUGGGCGUAUUUAAAUGGUCAGACCCCAUACGGACAGAUACAAUCGUCACUUCGGGCUGUGUAGAUGAGUUCUCGAGAUACACUGUAGGUGAGAAGCACCAUUGCUUGUUGCUUGUUGCUUGUUUUGUGUGAGUGAGUGAGUGAGUGAUGUCGAUGGGUGGGUGGCUGGCUGGUGAUUGAAUGGAUGGAUGGCUGCAAGUGCAUGGUGAAUCAAUGAGUCUGUUUCUCGUGAGAACGUGCUACCUGUGUCUGUGUGGUGUCGACGCCUGUCUGUGUGUACAGGCGGUGUGUCAGGAUUGUUUUGAGAAGUGCAUGGCCUGGCCUCCAUGCCGACAAAUUGCGCUUAACACACUCUCCCGCUGAAAAGAGGUUGAGUGAGUGUUUGAUUCAGACAAAUGGAUUCGUGCAUGAAUGAUUAACAAACGUGUACUGUACACACGCGUUCACUCUCCCUGAUCGAUCAAUCAAUUCAUCAGUCCGUCGUCAAAACCAACAACCAUGACUCAACGCGCUCUGCUGCUGGCGUGUUAUUGGUGUCUCAUCGCCGCUCUCAGCAGCGGCUGCGAUGCCUAUCAGCUACCUGAAGCAAUCACGCAGGAAGUCUCGGCGGCACUCAUGCGGUCAGGCCAAACACACGAAUCUCACUGCAGCGUACUUCAUUUGCUUGUCAAUGCAGGAAGCAUGGCUCAGGAUACGUGGCGUACUUCCGAGGCAUGCUGGCCGACCUGGGCAACUCGACCAUGGACGACAGCAACGACCUGCACAUCAUGCCGCCUCUCGACGACACAGACGAGCGGCAAAUCACUCUGUCACUCAAACCUGACGAACAAACCAUCUACGUCAGCCACACACACACACAUACACACACCAGGCCACAGACAGACCGACAGACAGACACAGAGACACAUAAAUCCAUGCAUCCAUCCAUCCAUCUGUCUGUCGUUCAGCAUCGGAUGGUGAGCAUCCCUGGCGCGGAGGGGCAAGAGCGGCUCACACAGGCGGUGAUGCGGCUGGUCAAGACCGAGUGGCGGAAGGUCAAGGCCAUGCGCGACAAGUUCCUGACGCCCAACCAGGCCCGAUUCCAGGAGAUCAACGCACUGGCCAAGCAGCUUCCCUUUGCCAAGGGAGGCAACGCAUACAACAACCAGUAAAAAUGGAUGGAUGGAUGGAUGGGUGGGUGGGACACGACACUGUGUGUGUGUGUGUCGGUAGGAACACUGACACUCCAUGUGGGAGUGCAGCCGAGUGCGAGCGCAUGCAGGAAAUCGUCAACAAAUGCUACUUCAUCCGAAACGGGGCACAGACAGGUCAAUGCGACAACCAACCAGGAGAUUGAUGGAUGGAUGCAGAGGUUGUGUGUCUGUUUUAGGUUACAACAUGUUUUCGAUGAUCAACAGCGUGCUCGCAACUUUGAUGGGCGUCCUGUGCGCGUGCAUCUUCGUGUACAAGUGAGCCGGAGACACAGAGAGAGACAGAGACAGGGAUGCAUCCACCCAUCCUCUCUCUGUGCCUUCGCAUGUCAGGGUGCAGGUGUGUGCUUUGAUCAACUUCGCAUACGCAUGCGUCUUCCCCGGCAAAGUGAGUACGUCGGCGCCUGUGCGCGUGUCUCAUAACGCCCAUCCAUGUGUGUGUGUGUGUCCAUUCGCGUGUGUGUGUGUCAGGUCUACACAGCUCUGUUCACCGCUCAGGGAGCAUUUGGGAAGCCGUCAAGGCAACCACGACGCAGUGCCGCAUGUACGGGGCGCCACAAGUCUCCAUGCUGCCUGGUUUGUGA